CUUUGCCAAAUGUGUGCCAAUUUUGAAAUUGAACCCAAAGAUUGCAUCAUUUGCGGUUACAUACAUGCCGGGUCUUGUUUUUCUCUAAUCAUUAGUCAAAUUCCAUACCACCGAGUGCCAUUUUUUAGUUAAUUCGCGAAUGCCUUAGUUCCAGUUCGUUCCCAACUGUCGCGUGCGAAGAUUGUGUCACCGAGAACGGUUCCUGGGCUGAAAAUAGAGACUUCACCAUGCCCGCCGCCGACGAGUUGCAGUCGCCCACCAGUGAAAUGGUUCUCCUGACCCCCAACACAGAAAAUCCGCCGCCCAGCCUAGUGGCCGGCGACCAUGCCGAGAAGCAGGCAAACGGCCAAGGAGGACGCGAAGGAUCUGCGGAGUCAGACAGCAGUCGGGUGGUGAUGAAGAAGCAACUGGGCCUGCUGGAGGGUGUGGCCAUUAUUCUGGGGAUUAUCUUCGGCUCCGGCAUAUUCGUUUCGCCCAAAGGCGUCAUCCAGGAGGUGGAUGCCGUGGGCACCUCUCUGGUCAUCUGGGUGCUGUGCGGGCUGCUGUCCAUGAUUGGGGCUCUGUGCUAUGCGGAACUGGGUACCGCCAUCCCGAAGUCUGGAGGAGACUACGCCUACAUUUUCGAGGCGUACGGAUCUUUGCCGGCAUUCCUGUACCUCUGGGAUGCUAUGAUGAUAUUUGUACCUACAACCAACGCGAUCAUGGGCCUCACUUUCGCUUCCUAUGUGCUGGAGCCAUUUUUUGGCGGCGCCUGCCACAUUCCCAAGAUAGCUCUGCAGCUCCUGGCCGCCGCCACCAUAAUAUUCCUCACCUACCUGAACUCGUACUACAUGAAAAUAACCACCAAAAUGCAGAAUAUCAUCAUGUUCACUAAAAUCGCUGCCCUGGUUCUGAUUAUCAUUGUGGGCCUGGUCUGGAUGUUGAUGGGCAAUACGGAGAACUUUAGCCGACCCUUCGAGAGCACUCAGACUGAUCCCGGCAAGCUGUCGGUUGCCUUCUACUCCGGCAUCUUCUCGUACGCCGGCUGGAACUAUUUGAACUUUAUGACUGAAGAGCUCCGUGACCCCUACCGCAAUCUGCCUCGUGCCAUAUACAUUUCGCUUCCUCUGGUGACAGGAAUUUACGUGCUAGCCAACAUGGCCUAUCUGGCUGUACUCUCGCCUUCCGAGAUGAUCGCCUCCAAUGCCAUCGCUGUGACCUUUGGCAAUAAAAUUCUCGGCGGCUUUGCUUUAAUAAUACCCGUCAUGGUAGCCAUCUCUGCCUUUGGCGGCCUCUCCGUCCACAUUAUGACCUCCUCCCGCAUGUGUUUCGUGGGUGCCCGUAACGGCCACAUGCCGGCUAUUCUGUCGCACAUCAGCGUAAAGAGCUACACACCGCUGCCGUCGCUCGUAUUUCUGUGCUUUCUCUCGAUUGUGAUGCUGGUAGUGAGCGACGUGUAUGUGCUGAUCACCUAUAGCAGCAUUGUAGAAUCGUUCUUUAUAAUGCUGUCAGUGUCGGCGGUUCUGUAUUUCCGCUACACUCGUCCUUGCAUGGAGCGGCCAAUUAACGUCUCUUUGUGGAUCCCCGCCUUGUUUGUUGUCGUAUGUGCCUUUCUGGUUGUGGUGCCCAUUUAUGUGGCGCCCUACGAGGUCGGCAUGGGGGUAUUAAUCACCCUAAUUGGCAUACCGUUCUACUACGUGGGUGUCGUGUGGCAGAAUAAGCCGAAAUGGGUGCAGCAGGCGAUUGACUCGGUGACCUUCACUUGCCAGAAGAUGUUUUUGUCUGCCAAGGAGGAGAAGAAGGAUUAAACUAUAUGCACAAUCACCAAAAAAGAAAACCAAAAAUCACAUUGAAAAUUACGGAAGUUACCUGCUUACUUCUACUCUCUAAAUUUAUGUUAUCGCUUAGGACUUUUGAUGUUCGUCCAAUUCAAAGCGAACUGAGGAUCCUGAAUACCAAAAACACGAAAAUAACUACAAAAGCAUCACAUCGACUUCAAAACUAAUUCUUCAUGAUUAUAUUUUUUUAUACAUAUUACGAAACAUGAAAAAGAACGUUGAUCCAACAUUUAAAUUUUAAAAUCAUCGAAUAGUAGGUUUAGUUUUGUUGAAAUCAUUUAGAUUUAAUUUACCAAAGUAACAGUUUGCCAAUAUUGGCAUUUUUUUCAUAUUUGCCAUUUGGAGUGGUUCCUUAUUUAUUCAUUUGUAUUAUUUUGUUUGGUUGUUUAAAACGUUUUUAACCCAUACUUUACCACCUAAGCCUUUGCAUUUGUAAUAAAGACUUUGUACGUUUAAA